UGGGCACAGGUGGGUGCACUGCUGGGCACAGGUGGGUGCACUGCUGGGCACAGGUGGGCGGAGCUAGUGGGUGCACUGCUGGGCACAGGUGGGCGGAACUUGUGGGUGGCACUGCUGGGCACCGAUCAUCAGGGCACUGAUCAUCAGUGCCCUGAUGAUCGCGUGAGGAAAGUGCAGCCGAGAACCGGCACUUGCAUUUCCCUGUGAUCAGCGUGUCAUUGGACAGGAGAGCGCGUUCUGGGGGGACGUCAUAUGACGUCCACCCAGAACUGGCCGGCCGCAGUGAAGCCGUCAUUUG